AUGACGAGUCUGGAUCCCCUGAAAUCCGUGAUCUCCAUCGGGAACGUGGACGACACGUCUCUCGCGGUCCCCUCCUUGCACCAGUGCAGCACUGGGAACCUGCGCGUCCUGGAACAAGUGCAGACUCUCCGGAGAACCAAGUCCCGCAAGUCCACCAGCAGCACCAGCCGGAGCGGAUCCAGCUCCUUCUCCCCGACCAGCCCUACCUACGAGCCUGUGUUUGCUGAUCCUGUGAAGAAUCAGUUGACCUCGUCCAAUGGAAGCGUUUUCUUUGGAAACGGCGUGUCGAAAAGGCUUAGCUUUGAGAAAAGUAUGAAACAACAAGGUGUCAACAAUUCCAAGGCAUCAACCUUCAAGAGGAAUUCAGCAGCCGCUGCCUUUCAGUAUGAGAAGAGGAAUUACGCCACCCUCGGCACCAUGGCUGUCAGUCACAACGGUACCAGCCGCAGUGAGAGUGAUCUGGCCCGGCAGCGCUCGCUGGCAUAUCAGUCCUCUCUGCCUCUGCAGCGUUUCCUCUCCAGCAAAGGUCCCAUGAGGACAGAGAGGCCCACCAGUCAGUUGAUCACCCAAGGCUCACGCCAAUCUGUGUACACCAGCAACAGUACAUCUGCGAUGAAAUCCAUGAAGCUGGUGAACAGCAGCCAGCCAGAUGAGCCCCAAAAACAACAUGCUCAAACCGAUCAAAUCUAUUUUUCUUCCAGGUCGAACGGGAGCACUGGCGUUGCGGACAUCACCAUGAAGGAGGCUGUGUCUUGUCUCUCCAGCAGCGAUGAGACGCAUCAGCACUGCGGAGCUUCCUACAUCCAGCACAACAGUUUCAUCGACGACAAGGCGAAAGACGAGCUGUUGAAACUCAAUGGGAUCCCUCCUCUGGUGGCUCUGCUGCGCAGCCCCAACGCUGAGAUCAGCGAGACGGCCGCGGCCGCGCUCCGGAACCUCUCCUUCAAGAGCAACAGCAGCAAGGAGGCCAUCAAUCGCAGAGGCCUCUCAGAGGCUGUGGCUCUGCUCAAAGAAACGGAUUCUGUGGAUCUGGAGAAACAGCUGACAGGUCUCCUGUGGAACCUGUCGUCUGCAGACGAGCUGAAGCCCGACCUGCUGAAGAGUGCGUUGCCGGUGUUGAUGGAGCGCGUCCUCCUGCCUCACACGACAGGUCCGGACCGAACCAACAACAAGGACCCGGAGGUCUUCUAUCACGCCACCGGGUGUCUGAGAAACCUCAGCAGUGCCAAGCAAAACCACCGACAGGUGAUGAGAAAGUGUCGAGGUCUGGUCGACUCUCUGGUCAGUUACGUGGAAGAGUGUGUGGAAGCCGGGAAACCAGAUGAUAAGUCAGUAGAAAACUGCGUGUGCAUCCUGCACAACCUGACGUUCCAGCUGGAGGCCGAGGCUCCGACUCUGUUCGCCAAAAUCACGGCUCUGUCCAGGACCGUGAGCCGCGGCAGCAGCAGCAGCAGCCAGGAGGACGCCGGCCCCAUCGGCUGCUUCAGUCCACAGAGCAAAGCUCCAGAACAAGAGCUACAGUUUGACGUCCCCGUGGCUGAGGAUCCGCACCCGAGUGGGGCGGGCCUGCUGUUCCACUCCAAAACUCUACUGAGUUACCUGAACCUGCUGGACACCAGCCAGCGAGCCGACACACAGGAAGCCUGCUGCGGAGCGCUGCACAACCUCACCGCACACGAAGGCAUUGUCUCCAGAGUUAUGGGACACACCAUUGUGAAGAAGCUGAACGGCCUGCAGGUCAUCUCUCCCCUUUUAAAGUCAAACAAAGCCAAUUUACAGAAGAGCACUGUGGCCCUCGUGGGAAACCUGAGCAAUAACUCAAGCCUGCAGAGAGCCAUCGCAAUUAAAUGUCUCCCGGAGCUGGGGAGCAUCAUCAACGGCGGCGCAGCGGAAGCGAACGAGUCUGAUGACACCCUGUCCAUGGUCUGUCAGGCCACCAACCUCCUGGUCAUGAAGGCACCUGACGUCGGCAAACAGCUGCUGAACAGUACCACAAUAAAAGCACUGGGAGAUCUCAGCAAAAACAACCAUUACCCCAAAUCCAGCAAAGCUGCGUCGCUGUUUCUCUGCAACCUGUGGUCAGACAAAGAUCUGCAGAGCUUCCUGAAAAAGCAAAGGAUGGGAAAGCCUUUAUUCUUCAAUGAUGUCACCAUGUCGGCACUGCAGUUGGUUAAAGAUGGUAAUUAG